CACCUCCCCUGACGCCAUUUCCGGCGCUUUUGCCGUACAGCGACAUGGCGGCGCCACGCGAGGGCCGCACCUCCCAGCGGGCUGUGCGCAGCCGUACAGCAGCAUGGCGGCAGCCGGGGCGGCGGCGCUGGUGCAGUACGUGGUGUUGCGCGGGGAUCUAACCCGGCCGCCGCUGUCGUGGCCGCUGGGCGCCGUGGUGGCACAGGGCUGCCACGCCGCGCUGGCCGCCGCGCACGCACACCGGCAGCACCCCGACACCCGCGCCUACCUGGAGCUGGGCGGCGCCAUGCGCACCGUGGUGCUGGAGGCUCCACAUGAAGCUGCCCUGACGGAGCUGUCAGAGACCCUGAAGCAGCACAGCGUUGACCAUGAAGUGUGGACUGAGCAGCCUGAUAACAUGACCACAUGCCUGGCACUCAGGCCCUACCCGAAGGACCAAGUGCACCAGUACCUGAAGAAAUUGAAGUUGCUCAAGUAAGCAGGAACAGGCCUGGGCAACCUUCUGCUCCUGGGCCAGAGCUGAGCUCAGGCUGAUGACAGAAAGCUGCUGGGUGUCAGGUGCGCUGUGCUAAUGCUGAGAGCAGCAGGUGGUUGUCCCCUGGUGUGGAGCAGCUCUUUGGUGGGCAGGAUUAAAUGUUGCUCUGUGCA